UGCGGACUGAUCUUUCUCAGUCUGUCAGUCGGAUACUUAAAGGUGCUAUGCAGCACAUCUUUGCUCCCCGCUCUCACCGUUUCGACAGGACCUCACUCAAUACGCAUCUCGAUGAAUUCCUCGAGAAUACUUCCCCCCACGCUCACAAGUGCGAUCAUCGAAACCCUACUAUAUGGCCCAUCCCUCCUCAUAUGCAUAACCUCGGUAUGGUUGCUCUGGGAUCAAAACCGCACACGCGCAGGAAGAAUUACAACAAAACGGCCUUCAUUCGCGCGAGGAAUUCCUAUGAUCAUAGCUGGAUUAUGUCUGCUACUAGCACUGGAUCGUCAGCGUUGUACGCUUGUUCCAAGCGGAGGUGACGUACAAGGGAGGCUCAGCACCCGAGGACUAUCUCAAGGACUAUCUCGACAGACCAUUCUCAGUAGCUGACAUCACAUUACUGCUUUUCUGCAUCAUCAUAACCGAUGCAGUCUGUGUGUAUCGUCUCUAGAUCAUCUGGGCCUUCCGAAGGACUGUCGUUGUGAUACCGAUCUGUGCACUACUUGUCACAAUUG